AUGAAUUUUCAUGGGAAGCAGGUUGAGCAGGUGAUGCAAGGGAAGCAUGGGAAGCAGGGGGAGAGGGGGAAGCAGAGGAAGCAGGGGGAGCAGGGGAAGCAAGGGAAGCAGAGGAAGCAGGGUAGGCAGGGGAAGCAAGGGAAGCAGAGAAAGCAGGGUAGGCAGAGAAAGCAGGGGAAGCAGGGGAAGCAGAGAAGGGAAGCAGAGAAAGCAAGGGAAGCAGAGAAAGCAGGGGAAGGGAAACAGAGAAAGCAGGGGAAGCAGAGAAAGCAGGGGAAGCAGAGGAAGCAGGGGAAGCAGAGGGUGCAGGGGAAGCAGAGGAAGCAGGGGAAGCAGAGGAAGCAGGGGAAGCAGAGAAAGCAGGGGAAGCAGAGGGUGCAGGGGAAGCAGAGGGUGCAGGGGAAGCAGGGGAAGCAGGGGGAGCAGGGGAAGCAGGGGAAGCAGGGGAACAGGGGAAGCAGAGAAAGCAGGGGAAGCAGAGAAAGCAGGGGAAGCAGAGGAAACAGAGGCGACGUUCUAACCCUGGAGAGAGUGGAGUCGGAGGCGCUAGAGAAACAUUAG